AUGUCCUUCAUUCGUGACCUUUUUGCCCCUUCCACUUCCUCCAAUGUCCCCCUCACGAACAUAAUCCCCGCAUCCGACCAGGACUACUCUGGGAUCUCGCCGGAAUGUCCACCCACCGUCCCUUUGUUACCGUCCCGCUCCACCCCUCCCGGCCAACCCGCUCCCCCAUACGACGAGGAUGAAGAGGAUCUGAACGUCCUCGCCCCCCGCUCAACUCAUAACAGGUCGCGUCUCUACCCCCCCAGCCCCGCCGAAACAUCCCUCUCCGCAUGCUCGUCCGUGACGAACACCCCAACCCCCUCGCGAGCGCCCUCCCCAUUCGCGUCCUACUAUUCCGGCACCUCUUCAUCCGACUCCGACUCCGAUGACGACGAGGCCGACUCCCCUCUUCUCAGCCGAAACGCGCCCUCUUCAUGGCGUUCCGGUGAGCAGACGCGUUGGUUUCUCUUUCGGCCCCGUUCCCGGGGACCGGGCAGCGAGCGUGUGCGUGGGCGGAGGAGGUGGAAAGACAUACAUGGCGGUUGGCGAUCCGUCAAGAGACUUGUCCGACGGCUCGUCCGACAUCCGUUCUUUCCCAAGACUCCCGUUACCAUCUUGUUAACCCUGCUCGCAUUCACUAUCUUUGGCGUGUCUCUCACGUUCCUCCUCAUCUACAUCCUCAACCCCGACAAGGAGCCACUACCGUGGAGAGGAUACUGCACGCUGCCACAGUACGAUGAUGGGCCUCCCUCCAUGUCGAUGAAUCCCAAGGCGUUCCUUCACACACCCAUCCCCACCAACAUCACCGCGCCGGAGUUCCCGCCCGCGGAUUUCGACACUCUAGCGCCAGCGGGCGUGUUCGUCGGAGUUUUCUCGAUGGAUACUUCUGUGGAGCGGAGGAUGCUAGUGCGGUCGACAUGGGCGAAGCAUGUGAGGAGUCGGGAGGGUGCUGGAGUGGGCGAUGGAGGCGUCGGCACGUCGCGCACGAUCGUCCGGUUUAUUUUGGGUCUUCCCCAACGGGAUUGGGACCGGAGAGUGCGACUGGAAGCCGACACGUACAAGGACAUGGUCAUUCUGCCCAUCUCGGAGAAUAUGAAUGGCGGCAAGACGCAUGCGUUCUUUUCUUGGGCGGCCAACAACUCUUGGGUACCUCCACAGUACUACGACGGUUUCGGCAAGGUCCCCGAAGGCUUUUCCUACCUCAACGAAACUGAUCCUGCCCCUUCGUUGGCGGCUCACGACCCCAAAGCUGCUUUCCAAGAUCAACAACGCCAUGCUGUCCCUCAACCUUGGGUUCGACCAGAUUUCGUGCUCAAGGCAGACGACGAUUCAUUUGUGAUGCUCGCAGAGCUCGAAGCGCGUCUGCGUGUAGACCUCUACAAGGACCCAUUGCCGACGCCUUGGGAACGUUCCGAACGGGAGAACACGCGGACAAAGGAGGCUACCCCCGCUACCUCUGCACAGUCGGCAUUGUUGGACUACACACAGCUGGCUGCGUACCUUGGUUCUUCGCCCCCUGUCCCGCAGACCCCACCUUCAAAGGACCCAUUGGUUUUCUGGGGAUAUCUCGUCAAGAAUCGCUUCAUGGCCGGGGAGUUGUAUGCCCUUAGCUUCGCUCUCGUAAGAUGGGUGGCCCAAGACCCGUUGGUCAAGACUAUGACACGGGGAGCUGAAGACAAGCAAACAUCGAAGUGGAUCCGCGCUCAUCCUUUGGCAGAUCAGGUCCGUUGGUCCAGCCAUCGCUGUUGGAUCUACGACCACCCACGAGCAGGCACGGUGUACUCACAUGGCUUCUUGUUCCCGUCUGAGGUCAAGCGUGUGCAAGAUGGCGUCGUUCGUGAUCUUGAGCGGCUUGCGCAGCACGAGACCAGAAUUGAAACCUCGACGGUGUCGGGCUACGCCGCCGCGCUAGGACAUAGCGUCGCUGCCCCUGAGCAGUGGGCGCACUCAACAGUGUCCAAGUUCCACGUUCACUAUCAGCCUCCCGUCGCGGAUCUUAACCUCGAGCAUUCCGUCGAAGCCCUUGUUGAAGGCAGUGAUAUGUCGUUGAUACAUGACGACAGCUCUUUCAUGCCGGAUACGGCGUGGAAGUACCGCGAGGGGAGGAACAAACGCUACGGUGACCGGCGGGUCGGUGGUACCGUAGUCGUCCAUUUCAUCAAGAAGAACAUGUGGUUCCUCGAGACUGCGGCCGCCCUACUACGUGGAGACGAUGUAACGGAACUCGAGCGGUCGCUGGGGCGGCUCGAUGCGUCUCAACCGAGUGAGGACGGCAUCCCAUCGGACUCGGCCGUGGAUGUGGUACGCCGGCACCAAAUUCCAUAG